CGCGUUUUUCCACGGGCCACCGUCCCCAACAUUCGUCGAUUCCAACCCCGCCUCGCCUCCUCCUCCUCCUCUCCCUCUCCUCCGUGUUUUCAAUGGUCAAAACCCACGCACCUCACCUCCCCCGCAGUCGUCUUUUCCCUCCCCCGACCCGCGUUUCUUUAUAUUUCCCCCCAAUUCCACCACCACCAACCUCCUCUUCCGCCCUCCUCUCCCACCACCGCCCCCCCCGUCGCCUGCUGUUCCAUGAAGGACAACUAAUCCAUCCAUCCAUCCAUCCAUCGCUCAGCUAUGGCGCAGCUCGCGGUGCGGUCACUGCUGCUGUGCUUGCUCCUGGUCUCGCCAGCUGCGGCUUCGCCGGGUAUCGCGAAGCUCAACUCGUCGUCGUCCCUCUUUGGCAUCGAGUUCCCGCCGUUCAACACCGCCGUCGCCGUCACCGGCUGCGGCAGCAAGCUGGCUGCAGCUGAGGAGGCGGUGGCUGAGCAGAAGCAGCCGGCGAGCCUGUCCCCGUCGCUGAAGCUGCACAUGAACCGCCGCGCUGCCGAGGGGGGCAGGACACGGAAAGAGUCCGUUUUAGAUUUGGCCGAUAAGGACGCCGUCCGCAUCGAGACGAUGCACCGGAGAGCGGCGCGCUCCGGCGGGGACCGGACGCCGGCGUCUCCGUCUUCGUCUCCGCGGCGGGCGCUGUCGGAGCGGAUGGUGGCGACGGUGGAGUCCGGCGUGGCGGUUGGGUCCGGCGAGUACCUGAUGGACGUCUACGUCGGCACGCCGCCGCGGCGUUUCCGGAUGAUCAUGGACACCGGCAGCGACCUCAACUGGCUGCAGUGCGCGCCGUGCCUGGACUGCUUCGACCAGGUUGGCCCCGUGUUCGACCCCGCCGCGUCCUCCUCCUACCGCAACGUCACCUGCGGCGACCAGCGCUGCGGCCUCGUGGCGCCGCCCGAGCCACCAAGGGCGUGCCGCCGCCCCGGGGAGGACUCCUGCCCCUACUACUACUGGUACGGGGACCAGUCCAACACCACCGGCGACCUGGCCCUGGAGUCCUUCACGGUCAACCUCACGGCCCCCGGCGCGUCUCGCCGCGUGGACGACGUCGUGUUCGGGUGCGGCCACUGGAACCGCGGCCUCUUCCACGGCGCGGCGGGCCUGCUGGGCCUCGGCCGUGGCCCGCUGUCGUUCGCGUCCCAGCUCCGCGCCGUGUACGGCCACACCUUCUCCUACUGCCUGGUGGACCACGGCAGCGACGUCGCUAGCAAGGUGGUGUUCGGGGAGGACGACGCGCUGGCGCUGGCGGCGGCGCACCCGCAGCUCAACUACACGGCGUUCGCGCCCGCGUCGUCGCCGGCGGACACGUUCUACUACGUGAAGCUCAAGGGCGUGCUGGUGGGCGGCGAGCUGCUCAACAUCAGCUCCGACACGUGGGGUGUGGGCGAGGGCGAGGGCGGAUCCGGCGGCACCAUCAUCGACUCCGGCACCACGCUGAGCUACUUCGUGGAGCCGGCGUACCAGGUGAUCCGGCAAGCCUUCAUCGAUCGCAUGGGCAGGUCGUACCCUCUGAUCCCGGACUUCCCGGUGCUGAGCCCGUGCUACAACGUGUCUGGCGUGGACCGGCCGGAGGUGCCGGAGCUGUCGCUGUUGUUCGCCGACGGCGCCGUGUGGGACUUCCCCGCCGAGAACUACUUCAUCCGGCUGGACCCGGACGGCAUCAUGUGCCUGGCGGUCCUGGGCACGCCGCGGACCGGCAUGUCCAUCAUCGGUAACUUCCAGCAGCAGAACUUCCACGUCGUCUACGACCUGAAGAACAACCGGCUGGGCUUCGCGCCGCGGCGGUGCGCCGAGGUGUAGCCGCCGGCGAGGCCUGCCUGAGAGGACCAACGAUUCGAACUCGGUCCUCGGUUUGAUUGAUUGGAUUGGGAGGCAAAUUGGGUGUAGAAAUUUUCGGUCGGUGGCACGUACGCAAAGCUCUAGCACAAAGUUUUUUUGUUGUUGUUGCACUUAUUAUCUCCAAGGAGAGAAGGUUAGGAAUAUUGUAGUACUAGGAUCAUGUCCGGGAAAAUACCUAUCCUGGCCCCGUGUCAAUGCCCAUUUGGUCACUUGAAUUGAAUUAUAGAAAUUGUAAUUAUAAGUUGUACAUCAAGAAUGCAUAGUGCACACAAACUUUUUUUUUCUUUCAAGUAAUUGCUCACGAACAUGUGAUGUACAACAACAGAAUAGAUUUCAUCUUUAAGAAGAGCAUGCUGCAUGCCCAGGUUGUUCUUGUAUCGAGUAGAUAUUUCAAAACUAUCUAGAGUCCAAAGAACUUGAUAAAUAAAUUCU